AUACAACUUAGACAACGCACACAACAUAGACUCCUGAAGAAGGGCUUCAACCCGAAACGUCGACUGUUCACUCUUUUCCCACAGAUGCUGCCUGACAUGCUGAGUUCCUCCAGCAUUUUGUUUUGUGUGUGUGUGUGUUGCUUUGGAUUUCCAGCAUCUGUAGAUUUUCUGGUGCUUAUGACAUCUAAAACGUAAACCUGGGUUCGGAGUCUCGGCGUUGCUGACAGCCGGGAUGCCAGUCGGCUCGCUGCGGGAGGAGGAGCGGCAGGAAGAUGCCCCGCCUCUCACAGACAGUGCGGAGUACAGUUUCCACGAAGCCGGACGCACCGUUAGUUUGCUCCCGACGAACGGAGGAGCGCGUAGCUGAGUUUCAGAGCUACGAUCGUCUGUCAGCCGGGGCCCUCUCCGCGCAACGACGGCCUACCCGGGCUCAUGGGCCGGCUGCCGUUGUCGCUUCACUGACUCCCGAGCAUUGGCGUGAACAUGAACCCGCCGGCGAUGCCUCCGCUGCUGAGUUGCGGCCUGGUGGAGCCGAGCCCCGUCACCCUGGCUCUGCGGAAUGACUUGGGCUCCAACAUUAACCACCUCAAGACGCUCAACCUACGCUUCCGCUGCUUCCUGGCCAAGGUCCAUGAGCUGGAGCGGCGCAACAAGCUGCUGGAGAAGCAACUGCAGGCCGCCCAGGAGCCGCGGAGGACCCGGCUCGGCCGCACCCGGACUGUGGCUACACAGACUCCGCUGGACUAUGGUACCGGCUUCACGUUGGGCUCAUGUUACAGUUACUCGGCCAAUGCCUACGGCUACACCCACAGCCCGAGCUCCGGCUACAUCCCCGGCCCGAGCUCCGGCUACACCCCCGGCCAGAGCUCCGGCUACACCCCCGGCCCGAGCACCGGCUACACCCCCGGCCCGAGCUCCUGCUACACCCCCGGCCCAGGCUCCUGCUACACCCCCGGCCCAGGCUCCGGCUACACCCCCGGCCCGAGCACCGGCUACACCCCCGGCACAGGCUCCGGCUACACCCCCGGCACAGGCUCCGGCUACACCCCCGGCCCGAGCACCGGCUACACCCCCGGCACAGGCUCCAGCUACACCCCCGGCCCAGGCUCCAGCUACACCCCCGGCCCAGGCUCCGGCUACACCCCCGGCACAGGCUCCGGCUACACCAGUACCAGCUGCACCCCCAGCUCAGGUUCGGGUUUUACAGCCGGUGCGCUCUCUCUGCCUCAUCACCAUUACCCGAGCCGUCUCCCUGGGACCAUUUGGAGCUUCACGCACAUCAGGAAGGUGGGAGGCGGCCUAGAGACGGUGCAGGGACCUGGGGUAUCCUGGACCCACCCGGACGGAGUGGGUGUUCAGAUCGACACCAUCACCCCCGAAUUGCGGGCCCUGUACAACGUGCUGGCGAAAGUGAAGAGGGAGCGGGACGAGUACAAGAAAAAGUGGGAACAAGAACUCAAUCUCAGGCAGCAUCUGCAGGAUAUUGUAGCUGCACUGCAGGUGGAUUCACAAGAAGCUGAAGCCAUUCAAAAGGAGCUCAGUGAGAAAGUGGAAAAAUUGAAAUCUGAGCUAGUAGUAUUUAAGGGCCUGAUGAGUGAUGUAAGUACUUUACAGCAAAUGUCUGACUUGGAUACCAAGAUUCAAGAGAAAGCUAUGAAAGUGGAUAUGGAUAUCUGUCGCAGAAUUGACAUCACAGCCAAACUCUGCGACGUGGCACAACAGCGAAAUUCUGAGGACAUGAGCAAGAUGUUUCAGGUGACAACUGUCAGCAAAAAGAAGGAGAAAGAGAAAGAGAAAAAGCCCACGUGCGAUGAUGAGAGCUCUGAAACUGAUGGAGAUACCACACGGCAUUCUGAUGAUGACGUGAGCACAUCCCUAAAUAUAACUGAUGAAAUGAAGCGAAUGCUCAAUCAGCUGCGAGAGACAUUUGACUUCGAAGAUGAUUGUGAUAGUUUGAGCUGGGAGGAAAAUGAAGAGACUUUACUACUAUGGGAAGAUUUCUCAGAGUACACAAACAUUGUGGAACCUCCUUCAGAGGAUGAAACAUUGGAAACAGUGAUCAAAGAAACAGAAUCACUUUUCAAGACGAGAGAAAAGGAAUAUCAAGAAACUAUUGACCAAAUAGAGCUGGAGCUGACCAGUGCCAAAAGUGAUAUGAACCGUCACCUCCAUGAAUAUAUGGAAAUGUGCAGCAUGAAGCGUGGCUUAGAUGUUCAGAUGGAAACCUGUCGUCGGCUCAUUAAACAGUCAGGAGGCAGAAACUCCCCGUCAUUCAGUUCUGCAGCAAGUAGUGACUCAGGAAAUACAGAUGAUAUCACAGAUGAACUUGAGCGUGAUGGGGAAGGUGAUAGUUCUGUGAGCUGAUGAAUGGAUACAGAUGAAAUGGACUCAAUCUGCCUGUACCCACAGCAAUCACCUUUUAACCCUAUUUUUGCUACGGUGCAAAGGGCUUUGUUCAUACGUAUAUAUAGUGAAGCCCUACGUGUUGGUGCUGUACAUUUGUAUAGUUGUACAGAAUAUCAUUGAACAGAAUUUGAAAAGCAAUGAUGACUUUCCACCUGGUGCAGAAACCCACCAUGAUAACUACUAUGCAAGUGGCUUGCCUUACACAUCGAGAGCCUUCAUCUUGUUGAAGGAGCUGAACUCCACAGCAUUUUGAAAGAAUGAUUAAGUAUCUUUGAAAUGCAUGUGGUAGCUGAUAAAUAAAUAUUGUAUGGGUUAAGGAAGUGGAUUACUUACAUUGUUUGUUCAUGCUAUUUGAUAGAUAGGAUCAGCAAGGGCCUUUCUGGGUUUCUGCAUAUCCUUAACGUAAAGUGUUUGAAUCUGAUUAAACUGCUGUAACUAAUUAUGUAAUUACUGAAACAGUGUGAACUGUCUGAUGUGGUCUAUUCAUUAAGCACUGGAAGUUAGUAACACCAUAAAGCUCUUCUGCCAUUAUUCUCUGCAAACCGAUGUUGCUGAAGAACUGGAUUAUGUGACUUGUACAGAAUUAUUAUUUCACUGGGUAGUAUUUAAUAUCCUAAUAUUGCCAGGGUUAUGGGAAUGUAUGUACAAGGUUGUAUUUGGGGAUAAAUUAUUAUCGAAUCUACUGUAUGUAGGUUGCUCUUCAUAUCUGAAGAACUGGAUUAAAUUUAUAGAUGGAAAACUCUAUAUUUUAACUAAAGGAUGUCCCUUAUUCUCACAAAAAUAUGAGAAUGAUAGUGCAAUCAGUAGCACUUUGAAUAUACCUCUCUGAAUUGUUUAACUUCAUCACUACAGUCUGAGAUUCUGGAAAGGGGUUAGAUGGAGUCUACAUAAAGCUGUACAGAAUGGGAACUAAUUUUAGUGUCUAAUUCGGGACCAUGAAUAAUUGAUGAUUUAUGCUUCUGUAAAUUUAGCAUUUUGCAUCAAUUACAAUCUGUGGAAUCCUUCAAUUCAGUUUUAAACAGAACUAGGAUACCUCAAGGUCCUAUUAUUUAUGGAUAAGGAUAAUUUUAAAAGAAUGUUCUAAUGCAUUGUCCACUAACCAGUAAUGGCUUCAUGUAGUAUAUUGCUUCACUGAUAGGACUUUGGAUGUUAAUGAUCCAGAACUAGGUUAUACUACAGAUAGUUAAGCUUAAAGUCAUUUAUCUUGCAAGCAACAGAUCUUUCUGAUAGAGCGAAAUGUUGGUUCCCUAUAGUCUUUUGCCCUUCAUUAAUUUACCUUGCAUAAUAUUUGUUUGUAAAAUGAGUAUUUGAUUGUUCAAACUCUAUUUCUGUACUCAGGGUGUGCCUUUGGCACUGACAUAUUACCGGAGUUUAAAAACUGACCAUAUAUUUAUCAGUAACACCCUGUUUUGGGAAACAUAUCGUGAAAAAAGAUGCUACUGAAAUAGUAAAAUUAAAGUGCUUUGUUUUUAAUGACUACCCACCACCAAUUGUUUCCAUUUGAAAUUUAUACUUUUUCUCAUAUUUUGAGAAAUUAAGUGAGCAAGUGGCUAAUUUUCAAUUGGUGUUGAUAGGCUUAUUUCAGAAUAUUGGAAAAUUGGGUGGAUCUUUGGGAACUUCGCUUUUGUCUCUGUGAAUUUCUGUGGGCUUUAAUCAGUAUUAAAUCAUGAGAAGAAAAUUACAAUGAUUGGAUUAGAUUCUAGGAAUUAAGUCCUUUUUCAUUAAAACCCUUCCUGUAUGAGAUAAAUCAAUUAACAUAAUUAAAGGGGCUAAUCUAAUAGGGAACGAUUCUUAGGCGUUUUUUUGCAUGAUGCGAUCCCGUCUUUCAAAUCACUGUUAAGCUCCAUUCUUCAAAACAAUUUAUGUUAGAGCAGAAACGGUACAGUAGAUUAAAAUGGUGUCCUCACUGGUUCUAAUGUCAUGAUUGAUAGUAUCAAGCUUUAAAUGUGGUUAAAAGAUGGAAAUGGACUCUAAUGCAAUAGAUGGUACUCAGCUCCUUUUGUUGGAGCCUCUGGAACAUUGCAUCAAAUUAAAGGCGCAGGAGAAACUCCUUUACUCUACACCUAGUUUUUAAAAAUCUUACCUAGAGGAAUGCUGACAUUGUAGCCAAAAAAAAUGUUUAGCAAUCUUGAAAAUAGCCAUAUUAUAACAAGAUAUGGUAAUUGGCCGAAAAAAGCAAGUUUCUUGAAGUGUUAAAGAAGCUGCAAUACAUGUAGUUUACCUAUUUAUAAGUAUUUAUAUUUGAUCUUUGAAUUGAAAGAUGUAAAUUUAAAGGACCCGUAAAUGAUGGUUCUGUAUUAUAGAUUCUAUCAUCUUUAAAUAUUGGUGACUCUGUAAGUAAAUGAAAGUGUCUCCUGCAUUUUUUUCUCAUGGAUUAAUGUUAUUGAAAUAUGCAUUUGUGUCAUGUGGAAACUCAGGUGAGCAAAGUAUUUCCAUAUAUAUAUUUAAUCUACAUGAUGGGAUGUAGAUGAUACUAAAAAUACUGGCUUUCACUGUCAAUCCUUCAUUGCCCCUGAGCUGAGAAGGCACUCAACAGCUAACCAAAUUGGUGGGGCUGGAAUCAUGAGAUUAAAAACAACAGAUUUCCUUCUCUGAAGGCAUUAGUGAACCACAAGGGUUUUUAUGACAAUCCGGUAGAUUCACAAUUAUUAUAACAAUUACUGGUGCUUUGUUUCAGAUUUGUUUAAUUGAAAUUACGUUUCCCAAUGAUCAUGGUGGGAUUCAAACUUGUGUUUCGGGAUCAAUGGUUCAGUCUUCAGUAUACAAGUCAAAUAAUGUAACCAGUAUGCUAUCUUACCCUAUCAAAUGUCUAUUUACAUUAUUCAAUUUACCCACAGAUUUAAAUAUUAAAAUAGGAUAAAUUUAAUCAACCUGUCUUGAAACAGUCUUGCAUAUAUGUGGGGUAAUUUGCAAAUUUGUUUUAAUUCACUUGUGCCUUGAUGGUGUUUUUUUUUGUUAUUUAGGGGUCUCAACUUAUCCAGCUAGAUGACAAUUUUUCUGUUGGAGACGGAGAGAAAAGUGUCAUCUAUAAAGACACAGCUAGAUCUAAGGUAGUCACCUACUGGCAACAGGACCAGGGUUACAGUCAUAAUCUAUAAAAUGGCUUGGGCCACAGCUUUCUUUUAUUGGCAAUGGGCCAGGAUACUUCAAAUAUGGCAGGCAAAACCAAAGUCAAAGCUUUCACCUGUAGAAGACAGAGCAGCUUCAUAGACUUCAUGUGUCUGAGACAGUCAGGGACAACACCUUCAUCAAUAGAAGGUAUGAUCAAGGUUCAGAUAGGGGUUUUUGCAUCUGUAAGGGUGACAGUCAAGGUCAAGUUUGUAGUAGGUUCAAGUGAAGAAAAAUCUGACCUGAUGGAAUCCAAACUAGUCUUCCAGCAUAAACCUGCUUGGUCAGUAGUUGGACUCUGAAAGAAUGAACUAUUAUAUUGUGAGCAGUGCAAAGAUCGAUAAAGGAACGUGAGACCUUAUUUAUUGGAUGUUAAUUGGCAUGCUAUAUAUCUCUGACACUCCCUCAUCUGGGGCCUGUUCACUGUACAGGACAUUUUUCUAUGUUUUUUUUCAUGGAGUUAACAAGGUGAUUUGAAAUUAUUGUUUAAUUUUGUAAAUAGUUAUAAUGUUUAUUUAAAGCUGUUUCCAAGACGUUACAUUUCAGAAUUGUAAUAGGUUAUGUGAUUAAAUAUCUUCAAAACUGGUAUCUUGAAAGGGUAAAGAAUUGAACAAUAUUGGUGUAAGAACUGAUUCGACUGCUGAAUACACUAAUUUUGAUCUCAGAAAAUUCUGAAAAUAAACUCUAUUC